GCCCUAGGCGACAAAAAGAGUGAUGGCGGCGAUGGCGACGGCAAAAAGGAGAUGGAUCCCGAGUUGGAAGAAGCCCUUCGGGAGGCCGAGCAACGUCGUCAGGAGAAACACAGGAAGAUGGAGGAGGAGAGGGAGAAUAUGCGUCAGGGAAUCAGAGACAAGGUAUACAAACAUCGGUCACUCCAUUUUGCCUUGAGUCAUUCCUCCUUUAUUCGAGUGUUAGAGAGAAUAUGA